CGCCCGACUCAAUCUCCGGCCGUCUGCUGCCGAGUAAGCAAGCAGGCACGCUACCAAUUGGCCUGUGUACACGCUCUCCGUAACACAGAGCCCGACAGCCAGAGCAGCUGGCUGUUCUUGUCAAAGGCCUCUUUGCCCUGCAGGGUCGCCCUGGACGAGGAGAGGGCAGGCGGCAUAGCGCUCAUACCCUCCACACACCGGCUAAGCAGGCAAUCUUGAGGGUCCAAGCUGGAGAGAAAGAGAGCAAGCAAGCAUGGCGGCAGCAGCGGUGGCAGAUCGAGUCGGGGCCAGUCUGUCUUGGCUGAGCUCGCACGUGUGGACGCCAGGUGGCUUAGUCUUCGACGCCAGCUCGAUGCCGUUCAUGGACUCUCAGCCUGCACUGGCUUCGAGAAACACAGCUGCCGUCUCUCACCCAGAGAUGGACCAGCACUACCCUGGAGGAGAAGACGAAUCAGGAUCAUGGGACAUGAGCGAGUCACCCUGGGGGUUUGUGGCCUCGCGAUACGCACUCACGCUCUCGAUUGUGGCCGUCGUCGUCAAUCGGAUCACUCACAUCUGCCGACCGCAAGGCAGGCCGAGACCAUUGCCGGCGUAUCGGCGUCUCAUGAUCCAGAUCCCUACGCUCGUGUUUCUCUCCUACUCCGCUCUAAUCCUCACCCUCACUACUGCCCAAUCGCUCUCGCCUUCGAGCCAGUAUCCCAAGCAGCUCGCAUCUCUACUUCGGGUGCCAGAUUACGCAAACGUUCUCUUGGACAGUGGGGCCAGCCCGGCGAGCAUACACGCUGCCAACGCGACGCUUCUGUGGCACCUAUUCCUCAGCGUCUGCGUCGCCGUCCUCUCAUCGACGCUGCUGCGCACCCUUGAAGGCCUGACCAACAGCCUCAACCCUGACGACUAUGCCUCGAGCCCCACCUUCAAUCUCGUCGGCUUCGCGGUCCUGCUUCAUCUGCACGCCACCAGCCAAGCUUUCCCGCCCAACAAGCACGUUUGGCUCACCAUUCUGCUCCAGGUUGGCGAGGUUCUGGGGCUUCAGAUUUGCACUGUCUUCCGAGAGCCUCCAAUUUCUCGGCUCUCGCUCACGACCUUCUUCGGCCUCACUUCCACGCUCCAUUACCUCUUGGCCGUCCGAUCGGGUGACAUGGGCUACCCCUUCCUACAAACAUUCAGCCGAGCGCCGGACGUGGCGUUGAUUUCCAUCAUCCUGUUGACAUUGUUCCUUCACGCGCUUACGACCUUGCUCACCGACACGCCCCUAUCCUUUCAGGGGCUCGUCGAUCCUCGAGCACUGCCUUCGCCUAGUGACGACUACAGUCUGGCUCUUUUCAAGCUCGGCACUGCAUGCUUGAGCUCGACGAGACUCAGCGGCCUCGAUGCUGACCUCAUCGACAUCACAACGGCAUCAGAGACAUGGGUCGAAGUUCGUGGGUCGACUGUCGUCGUUCGCGAGGUAGACGGAUCGAUUGCCUUGCCCGACGCCGGCAUCGUGGGUGGCCUCGGCCGGGAGAUUCGGAGGAUCAAGUCAGCCAGGCCCGACGACUUUGAGCAGCCGUCGUACUUCUCAUCGUCAGCGAGGGUUAGAGCAGCGUGGACUUUUUCCAAAACACUCUUCCGGACAUUGGCCUCUUUGGCAAAGAUGAUGGGAAGCAGAUUCUUGAGGGCGCUGCCCUUUGACCUGCCGCGAACCCCACGGUGGAUUCGGCGGCCGAUUCGGCGACUGCCGAGAACCAUCCGGCUUCUAUGGCACGGGACAAAUGGCGAGGAGAGGCGGAGAGCACGCAUCCAAGAGGCCAGAAGACAGGCAGAGAGGCGAAGCGAGGCAAGGCGGAAGGCGUUGGAAGAAAGGAGCAGGCGUGAAGGCGCUGGCAGGGCCAUAGGCACCUCGUCGGCUCUUGACGCUUCUCACACUGCAUCGGCUGCAGAUAUCCGCAGCAGGAGAGCACUUUCGCCUGUCGAUGCUGGCACAGCAGCUUCCUCGUGGUACGGCUUCUUCUCACACGACGAGAAUUUCGCUGAAGAUGAUCAGGACGAUGAGUGGGUCGAGGAAGACGAGAUGCAAGGAAAACUCGCAAAACCCGUCGACAAGAACACAGACGACUAUUGGGGUGGUCUUGGUCAAGGCUCGCGCCUGCAUGACGAGGGACAGUCAGACAUGAGUGAAGACGAGGACGAAUGGGAAGACGACGAGCUGAGCGAGGAAGCUGAACAAAUCGAAGGCGGAGAGUUGCUCACCCUUGCGCGAGCCGAUUUGCCCGAUGAAGACUUUUCAAACGUUCUCAUGGCGCACCUUUCCCGAAAUGAGCAGCAGGGUGUUCUGACGAGGAGAGGCUACCGCCAACUUCUCGGCGGCCACUCCCGAGCAGAAGAGGAAGCCAGCAGGCUCAUUGACAUCAUUCGGGAGCGGAGGACUGCUCCAGCAUCGACGGAAAACGAUUCAGAGAGGGAGAGAAUGCGCCUUUGCGUCAUCUGCUACAUCGAGGAUCGCACCAUCAUUUGCUGGCCGUGCCGAUGCUUGGCUCUCUGUGACGGAUGUCGAAUCGCUAUUGUGACGAGGCCACCACCAAGACACUUCGAGAGCGCAUUCGAGUCUUCACAGGCCCGCCCGACCCAUACGUGUCCGACCUGCCGGACACCCGUGACAGGCUUCAGCCGAAUCUAUUCACCAUAGUGUAUCUCUCUUUCAAAUCUGACUAGUGUUUCUCUCGCAUGUUGCGCACAUUGUGUGAUGGGGAU